AGAGCUGGGCGGCGAGCCCGGCCUGGGAAGGCUCGGCCGCGCUUCCCAGCCGACGGGAACGCUGACGACUUCCCGGAAAGGAUGGCUGGGAUUGCCCAGGCCGCCCUCGGGCUCUCCGGGCCCCGAAAACAGCCCGUGUGGCCGGCCGCGGUGGGCCGGCGGGACCGCGCCGUGUCGGGAGCAUUGAAACCCGGCGCAUAUUUAGGCCGCGUGGAUGAUUCAGCCUGCACACAGAAUCACUGAUUCGUCUGUGUUGGAAGGGACCUUUGGAGAUAUCCAGUCCAACCCCCGCCCAUGCAGGGUCACCUAGAGCAGGUUACACAGGAGCGUGUCCAGAUGAUUGACAAAAGCUGGGAGAAGGUUUCCAUGUGUGCAUAGACAGAGUGGAACAGGAUUAUCUUCUCCAAACUGGUGCUUGUAAAAAGACAGAAAGAUGUGUGUGGUCUGCAGUAAUGUUUGAGUUAUUCUACCCAGGAUUCAUUUCCCUGAUACUCAGGAGACCAGAGGCUGUGUGUACAGACAAUACACAGGAAGCGUGACUAUGAAGGGUUUCUGUGUUCUCUGCUGCUGCCUGUGGAAUCUCGAACCUCUGCUUUUGCCUUGAGAGCCUUCAAUGUGGAACUGGCUCAGGCAGAUUAAAGACUCCAUAACUCAGAAGGCAACAGGUUUGAUGCGGAUGCAGUUCUGGAGGGACGCUGUGGAGGACAUAUACAGCGAUAACCCACCACAUCAGCCCGUUGCUACAGAGCUGUGGAGGGCUGUCAAGAGGCAUAACUUGACUAAAAUGUGGUUCAUGAAGAUCAUAGAUGAAAGAGAGAAGAAUUUGGAUGAUCGGCCGUACCGUAACAUCCAGGAGCUGGAAACAUACGCUGAGAACACUCAGAGCGCUCUCUUGUACCUCACCUUGGAAACACUGGGUGUGAGGGACAUCCAUGCUGACCAUGCAGCCAGUCACAUUGGGAAAGCACAAGGCAUAGUUACCUGUUUAAGAGCAACUCCUUAUCACUGUACAAGACAAAAGGUCUUUCUUCCCAUGGACAUUUGUAUGUUGCAUGGAGUUUCACAAGAGGAUUUCAUAAGAGGCAAGCAAGAGAAAAAUGUAAGAGAUGUAAUUUAUGACAUCGCCAGCCAGGCCCAUAUUCAUCUAGAACAUGCUAGAUCUUUCAGUAAGAAAGUUCCUGUGAAGGCGUAUCCUGCUUUUUUCUGUACGGUUGCUUUAGAUGAUUAUUUAUAUAACAUGCGGAAAGUGGACUUCAAUAUAUUUCAUCCAAGCUUACAAAAGAAGAGUACAUUAUUACCAUUGUAUUUGUAUAUUAGAUCUUGGAAAAAAACAUAUUAAAGCUUGUUUGGUUAUUUUAAUAUGGA